AUGGCGAUCGAGGCGUGUGCGGGUGGAUCGAAGAAGCAGUGCAUCGAAGACUUUUACGGGGAGGGGGCGUCGUGUGCGAAAGACUCGGCAGACGACGCCAUCUGCCUCAUGUGGGCGGCACUUCACCUCCCAGAGCAUCUCGCCGAUCACCCUCUCUGGCGCAACGCUGUGCGCAGCAUCGCGGACGCGGGCCAUCGCUACGUUCCGCCGAAGCGGCGGUAUGUUGGUGGCGCCGGCCUGCAGCGCUGCCGCGGAAAGAUCGAGCGGGGCCUCGCUCCCAUCGCUGCGAGCUGGAAGCGGGAUGGAGUGACGAUCGGUUCGGACAUGAUGACGGACAAAAGUGGCCGUCCCCAAGCCAACAUCCUGCUCAUCAACGACUCCGGUGCUGUGUUCGCCGAGAGCAUAGACUGUAAGAUGGAGACGAAGACGGGAGGUUACAUUGCAUCCGUUUUGCGCCCCAUCAUUGAGAAGGUGGGGCCCGCCAACAUCGUUGCCUUCUGCAUGGAUGGGGGCAGCAAUUACGCAGCUGCAUGUCGGGAGCUCAUGCAAGAAUUUCCUCACAUUGAGCAUGUGCCGUGCGCGACUCACGUCAUGGAUCUGCUCAUGGAAGAUAUUGGGAAAAUGGAUUGGGCAAAGGACAUUGUGGCAAAGGCGGGGUUGAUUGUUACCUUUGUGCGUGCCCACCAUUUCACCAAAGGUUACAUGAGAAGCCCGCAGGUGAAGGGAGGGAGGGGGAAGCAGGUGCUGAAGCCGGCGGGCACCAGAUUUGGCACGCAAUUCAUCGCGGUGCAGCGGCUUUGCGAGGUGCGGAGUGCAUUGACGGACAUGGUGCUGAGCUCGGAGUGGCGGGAUUGGGCGAAGGGGAGGAAGCCGCCGGUCGAGCCCUUCGCAGCCAUGAUCAUGGAUGCCGUGUGGUGGAAAGGGGCGGAAUUCUUCGUCGCCCUCCUGAAGAUCCCCUUUCUCGUUAUGCGCAAGACCGACUCGACGGCCAAGGCCAUGAUGGGCAAGAUCUACGAUCUCAUGCUGCAGCUCACGGAGGAGGAGGAGGAGGAGACGGGAUUGGUGCUGUCCAGCACUGAACGCACGGAGGUGACCAACAUCGUCCAGAAGCGCUGGGACAACAGCAUGGCGUGUGCCAUGCACGUGGUUGGCCGGAUCCUCAAUCCGGUCAACCAAGAGGAAGGCAUCUUCCGGACCGACCUGGAGUGCACGCGCGUCUUCAAGGCGUUUGUCUCUCGUCACUUCGGGGGGCAGACGGUGACGCGCAAGGAGGGCGAAGAGCUGCGUGCUUCCCACGUCAUCCAGGACGGGCUGACGGCAUUCAACACCCUCCAGGGGAGCUUCGGCCUACCUGACGCCAUCACUGACCGUGAGCUCGUGAAGGCCGGUAAGAAGACGGCCGUGGAUUGGUGGACGUGGCACGGGACGGACCACCCCGAGCUGACAACGCUCGCCUGCCGCGUUCUCUCUCAGCCCGUGUCCGCAUCGGCGUGUGAGAGGAACUGGGCAGUGUGGGAGUCGAUCCACACUGCCAAGCGCAACAGCUGCUCCCUCAUCUCUCCCCUCUCUCCACCAUCUGCGCUCCCACUACCAAGUGCACCAAUCACAUACCAUCGGCGGUCGAAACCCCCGGUUCCACCUCCUCCCUCCGUUCCCCCUUCCACUCAGGAACCCACUCUCCCACAACCGCCCGAAUUGGUCACCAACCAGCGUCGACUGAUCCCUUCGCCCAAACCCCCUAAACCGACCCCUCCAGUGUCGCCCGCUCCACCCUCCUCUCCGGUGGCUCAUGGCAGUCGGUCGCAUGGGGCUGCUCCUCCGCUGGCACUCGCCAUUCGAUGCUCAGUGAUCACUCCGACUCCUCCUGCGGGGGGGGGUGUGCCUUCUACCCUUUUGGAAGACAGGUAUGAGGAGCUGUGUGAUCUUCACGCUGUCAUUCCCUAA